CCAAAUUCGGGCAAUCAGAGCAGCUUCAAAAACGGAGAAGACGACAUCACCACCCACCCGAUUCCUCUUCACCAUAGACAGAGGAGGAGGCACAUAUACAUACACAUAUAACCAUGUCGUUGUCAAUUCCCAACGCCCCAAAUGCUGGGCUGUUCAAGCAGGGUUAUACCAGCCAUGACUCCGAAGACGGCGCUGUCCUCCGUAAUAUCGAAGCAUGCCGCGCCAUUGCACAGACCGUGCAGACCUCACUGGGCCCUAACGGCCGCAACAAAAUCGUAAUCAACCACCUACAGAAGCUGAUCCUGACCUCCGAUGCCGCCACCAUCCUACGCGAGCUGGAGGUUGUGCACCCGGCUGCCAAACUGGUCGUCAUGGCCAGCCAGCAGCAGGAAGCAGAGAUGGGCGAUGCGACUAAUUUGGUUAUUGUGCUUACGGGAGAGUUGCUGAAAAAGGCCGAAGAAUUACUGCGAAUGGGACUUAAGACGAGCGAUAUUGUUCUGGGGUAUGAGAAGGCGCAGGGGAUUGCGUUGAGGUGUUUGGACGAUCUCGAGGUGGAUCGGCUCAAGGAGCUACGGUCUACGACGGAGUUGAGCAAAGCGGUCAGAACUGUCAUUGCAAGCAAACAGUCCGGCUCAGAAGAUAUUCUUGCUCCACUUGUUGCAGAGGCCGUGUUGGCAGUCCUCCCAAAGAACCCAGCAAAUUUCAAUGUGGAUAAUAUUCGAGUUGUCAAAAUCAUGGGAGGUAGCUUGGAGCAAUCACGAGUCGUCAAAGGAAUGGUUUUCGGCCGUGAACCCGACGGAGCUAUAAAAAAGGCCAAAAAAGCCAAGGUUGGCGUUUUCAGCUGUCCGAUCGAUAUUUCACAAACAGAAACGAAAGGAACAGUCCUCUUGCACAAUGCGAAGGAGAUGUUGGAUUUCACAAAGGGCGAAGAGGCACGUCUGGAAGCAACAAUUAAAGAAUUAUAUGACUCCGGUGUCCGUGUCGCCGUGGCAGGCUCUACAAUCGGCGAGCUGGCAAUGCACUACCUCAACCGCUUCAACAUCCUCGUCAUCAAGGUACUCUCCAAAUUCGAACUCCGCCGUCUAUGCCGUGUUGUUGGCGCUACACCCCUUGCCCGCCUUGGUGCUCCCAUGCCGGAUGAAAUGGGUACCGUUGACGUGGUCGAGACGCUCGAGAUUGGCGGUGACCGCGUGACCGUCUUCCGACAAGAGGACGCUGGCACCGUCACACGGACUGCAACCAUCGUGCUGCGCGGCGCAACGCAAAACCUCCUCGAUGACGUUGAGCGCGCCAUUGAUGACGGCGUCAAUGUUAUCAAAGCAGUAACAAAGGACCCCCGCCUGGUCCCUGGCGCUGGCGCGACGGAGAUCCAACUCGUCGAACGCAUCUCUGCCAUUGCGGAUAAAACUCCUGGGCUUCCACAGUAUGCCAUCCGCAAAUAUGCCGAGGCGUUCGAAGUCAUCCCACGCACGCUGGCUGAAUCCGCCGGCCUGGAUGCCACCGAGGUCCUAUCACGUCUCUACACCGCGCAUCAGCAACACCGUAGAUCGAUACCGGCAAACAAGAACCGCCCCUCCAAUGCUGACGAUGACGAUGAAGAUGAAGAGGAGGAAUCGGAAGAGUCGUCCGAAAACGCCUCCUCGUCCGAUGAAGACGAGCCAUUCUGGACCACCGGCGUAGACUUACAUGCAUUCUCCACCUCGGGAACCGUGAAUGCCGUCGAUGACGGGAUCCUUGAUUUACUCGUUUCGAAGGCAUGGGCUAUCAGGUUGGCGACGGAGGCGGCGCGGACGGUGUUGUCGGUUGAUCAGAUUAUUGUGGCCAGGCAGGCGGGCGGGCCAAAGCCACCGGGGCAGAAUCCUAAUUGGGAUGAGGAUUGAGGGGUAUGAUUUGAUCAACGAUCAGGUGUUGUUGACGUUGUUGCUGUAGCUGGUGCUGUUGUUCUGAUGUAUGGUGAGAGUAAAUUGCAAAAGGGAAGGGGAAAAAGAGAGAGAGAGACAGGCAAUAAUAAAAUGGAUGAAUUUCUUUUGGCAUUUUUAUACACUAAUUCCAAUGGAAAAAAAAAUAAAAUUGAUCUCUUGCUUUAUUUUUUUUACUCUCUUUUGGAAAAAAAAAAAAGCGGGAACAUGCAAAUGGCUAAAUGGAUUUCUACUACUAGACUACUGGAUGUCAAUUUGGUUGAGAUAGACAGAGGCUGGGCUGGCGAUGCCCGCUUUCUUUACCCUAUUUUCUCAUGGUUUUGGUUGGCAUGCUAAUUCAUGGAGGUAGGAAGUGUAGGGGUAGCGGAUUAUCAGGCGGAAUGAAAUAGAUUUCCUUUCUCGCUCGAACAUGAAAUUCAUGUUCCAUUAGCGUUGAAUUGUAGGUGAUUUGAAGCCUCGAACUCAACUCAAUCACAUGUUUAUCUCCCUGUCUAGAGAGAGGGAGAUAUGUAGCGCACCGUACAUACUUAGGAACUAUCUACGCAAUUAUCCACCUAGUUAUACCCCAUUUGUCAAUUGUGAAGCUGCCACAGUUAAUAGAUGGAUCCGAUACAUUUGAUCAAGUUGUAUGGAUGUAUGUGUAUGUAUGUGUGUAUGGGAAUGUAUCAUAGAUAUCAUGUUUGAAACUAUGCGACAUGAAAAAAGGAAUGGGGUUAGGGCCAAAAGACAUACAAAAGCAGAGUUCCCAGGUGCGCCAGGAAGCAGGAGCGAAAUAGAAGCGGGGGUAUCAUAUUCAUCAAAUUCGUGAAAGCAAGAUAGAGAAGAGGAAGAUGCGUAUCAGCCAAAAAAAGAAAACAUCCGUAAAACGCAAACCUCAGCCCGUACCACCCACCCACGCCAUAUCAGUAAGCUCCAUUGGAAAAAGCACAAUCUACGUUAUUUAAAUAGGAGAGGAGAGGUGUAUAUGUCCAUCUAUGGGAAGCAUAAAGUCUUCGUCUCUCCCUUUUGCGCGACGCACUGGAGUGCGAUCAGUUUAACCCUUUUUCGUUCAUGUUGUGCAUUGCAGUUGCGUCACUUCGCACACUCUAGAUGUCGAGUACUGAGAUUUUGUUCGCGAUUUCUUCGCGAAAAGAGUGGCACAGUUUAUCGGUGAAGUUUACCGCGUGGGUGGAGCUGUAGACGGUUAGGGAGGUUCGUGAGGUGUUAUGUUGGACGGCAAAUAUUGAAAUUUUGACCGAUUCGUUC